UGUUGAUUUUGAUCAACAACAACAAUCAACCUGUUGAUUGUUAAUAUUUAUUUAUUAACAAUGGUGAUCCAAAUCAACAGGUUGAUUGUCGUUGUUGAUCAAAAUCAACAAAUUUUUUUUAAUCAUUUGAGUUUUGGUUAAGUUACUUGUAACUUAAAUUUCUAAUUUCUAAUUUCUUGAAUAAUCUUGAUUAAUUUUGUGUCUUCCAUCAUGCCUGCUAAACGAAUCGCCAAUUCAUCUCGAGCUGGUCUCGUCAUGUCCGUUGGUCGUUUACAUCGACUUCUUCGAACUGGUAAUUAUGCCGAUCGAACCUCAAUGAAAGCCUCCGUUUAUCUUUCCUCCGUCUUGGAAACCAUUGGGAAUAUCAUUUUGACCGAAGCGGUCAAGGAAUCUAAAGGUCAUCGAAUCAAUCCUCAAGUACUUCAUCACGCCAUCAAGGGUCACGAUGGCCUCAAAGAUCUGUUCGCUCGUGCGACCUUCCGUGCCGGUGGUGUCAUGCCAAACAUUCACCCGAAUCUUGAAGCUCCCCACAAGCCGAAAGGAGCGGCUUUCAAAGACGCCAUUAUCGUCGGUCAUGAACCAACCGCUUCCACCAGUUCAGCACCCGAAUGAUUGAUUGAAUCUCUAUUUCUCUCUGAU